AUGCCAUACUCACACGUCUCCACCAUACUCCUUUUCCUUUUAACCUCAACUCCCACCCUCUGCUUCUAUCUCAUAGCCCUAAACCAUAGUCGCGCCUCAUGGUCCCGCACAAACCCCACCGCAUCCCUCCCAUUGUCUAUAAAUUACGCAUCUCGUGGAGUUUGCUAUCCUAUCCCCACAACAUAUGCACCUUCAGGAGACUACAUCGAAGCCUUAGGAAUCUACAACGUUCCGUUCGAAGAAAAUGUCCGAGCCCUCGGUUUUUGGAGUACUCCCACUUGCGAUACCCCCAUUAGGGUCGGAAACGAUGCCUCGACCAGUCCGCCUGAAAGUCGGAAUGAGAAUAACAGACACGCACCAGAAUUUAUAAUUCAAAUCAAAAAAAGUCAGCCUGUAGGACUCCAUAUCAUCCCACUAGCACAACGGGGGAUGAGGGUUCGUCCGGGGUCGUUCAGGGCUUUUGCGUCAUUUCAAGAAGUGAAUAAUGCGAGCGGAUACUUAAAAGGAGGGAACGCCGCGCCGGACAAGACAACUGUCAUAACCACGGCUGCACCAUCGAUGGUCGGUCAUUAUAUCCCGCAAAAAUGGGAGAUAGAUACUUGGUUUACAGAAGCUCCGUGGUGGCUCCCGGAAGUAAGCCAACAAAAUGUUUACCGUUAUCUGAGGGAUUGGAUAGAAAUGGCGCUAGGGAGGCAAGUGGGGAUACAACCGGUGGAUAUCUGGAGCGUAUAUCGCGAGAUAUCCAGUACUAUACCAACGGCACUAAAAGAUGUACUCGAAGAAAACUCAGCGAGGGUGGGGAGGGACCUCUUGAGGUUAUAUGUUAACCCGGUACCACCGAGAGAGAAGAUCAAACCGUUAAACUUUUUGGAAAUGGUGGAAUGGAGGAGAGACCAGCUGGAGAAAGGGAUUAUAGCAAGGAAGGCAGGAAUGACGGGCUUUGGUAUCAGGAUGUAUAGACAGGAUGUCGUCGAUAAUUAUGGCCCGAGUUAUAAUGAUGAAGAAUCCGAGAUCGAGAACUACAACGUUGGAGACCUCCAAGUCUCGGACCUAGAACUCGCAGACGAAGAAGCCGUUUGCUACGACGAAAGCCAACGUCAGCCAAUCAACCAAAGCCAAAGUCAUGAACCAAUCAACCAAAGCCAAAGUCAUGAACCAAUCGACCAAAGUCAAAGUCAUGAACCAAUCGACCAAACUGACCAAAUCCAAUCCUACCCUUCCGCAAACAACGAAGUCCUUAACUUCAUGAACGAACUUGAUAGCAAAAUUUCUGCAGACCAAGAAAGAGCAGAAACCCAACAAAGAACUACCCCUCCCUUUUGGCGGCAAGGUGAUUCCGACUACGCCUACGAAUAUUCUAAUGAUCCAAGUCUAUUAUAUCGAGAAUCUGAAGAUACGGCGGUGAAUCCCUCACACCUAGGGGCUAAUCCAGACAUCUACGAUGUAUCAGAGGAUAUCGACUUCAAGUUCUUCGACCCCGAUACUGUCGUAGUAGGCGGCCGCCUCGUCCCUGAAAUCAGCAUAAUGCUUGAAACUACGGGAAUACCCGGAGUAUCCCGCAGCGAUGUGGAAAAUCUACAAUUCGAGGAGUUAGGCCCCUUCCGUAGGGCGUGGGAUGAAUUUGAAGAAGAGUACGCUCGCGAGAACGCAGAUACGGAUAUUUCUACAUCACCAAUGAAAAACAACCGCGGUAUUAACGGUCGAAAUAAUGAGGUACCGAGACUUAAUGGAGCUAUACAAAUUGAACAAGAAAACAUGCCGCAGGUCAAUAUGCUCUCGAGCCAAAACUACAACCGACGAAACCCAUUAGUAAACCUCAAAGAAAUAAUUAAUAAAAUUUCGAACUCGCAGCCUCGUCUAGAAGAUAUUCAAGCUGGAACCCAAGGGCUACCGUUUGAACCAAACUUUAUCUUUCGAAACUCCCCUGAUCUUUCACAAGUCGAGAAUCCAAGUAGCCUAAGACAAGGCGUACUAGAAAACGAAGCACUACUACUUUCUCUAUCUACCCGAAGCCGCAACCCUGUCGGUCCAGUAGAGAGAAAGAACCGGAUGUUAGCAAAUGCUCGUGAAGAAUUUGACCGAUCGCGAAGGCAGCGUAUAUACCGAGAGAAUUACAAAGAGGAAGAGAACGAAGACGAUCAAAGUUUUCUCAAUUUCAGAAAGCAAGUCCAAAAGAAACGCAAAAGUGAGUAG